GGUGUUUAUUGAUUUGCAGCCAACUUCCUCAACCACCAACAGCCAAUUGCUUUCCGGAAGAAGCAACCUACUUUGCCUGUUACAUUGAAAUAUCUCUAGAUACCUCUUGACUUUGAGAAGAAUCUGUGGCUUUUUCUCAGCAGUUGCUAAUCAUCAAUCUUGGAACAUUGCAAAGGUUAGCUGGUUCAAGAAGGCAUCACUAUAGUUACAGAGAGUUCUUUGCCUCCUUCCAAGAGCUUGGUAACUAACAGUUGCAGCAACUGAGCAAUAAAAGCUUAUGAAAAUAACAUGAAUUCAUCAGCAAUGACCACCUUCGAUAUGAACCCUCAUCCAGUGGUCGUGACUCAGCCACAAGUUGUGGUUGUCCAGCAGCAGCAGCGAAACCAUUGGCAGACUGGGCUGUGUGACUGUUGUUCCGACUGUGGCGUCUUAUGUUGCGGAAUGUUUUGCUAUAUGUGUUUGGGAUGCCAAGUGGCUGCAGACAUGAAUGAAUGCUGCCUCUGUGGCACAAGUAUGGCACUGAGAUCUGUCUACAGGACAAGAUACAGGAUCCCGGGAUCCCUCUGUGAUGACUUCUGUACUGUGCUAUGUUGCCCUGUUUGUUCUCUUUGCCAAAUCAAGAGGGACAUCAAUAGGAGAAGAGAACUCGGAAUCUUCUAGGAAGAUGUACCUGUCCUGAAGUUACGUGGUUCAGCAUUCUGUUGACAAAAAAAAUCUUAGCUUGUAUUAGUAGUUUCUAAGCAGUGUUUAUGACUUGAAAAGUAUGUUCUCUGCUCAUGCAGCUUCUUUAAUAAUGUUCUUUUAUACAGAAAACUUUAUCUAGAAAAUCAACCUUUCAUAUGCCAUUGGCAAUGUUUCUUGAAACUGAGGUGCACUGUGCUUCUAAUAAACCUCUAUUCUGUGCAAAAAA